GAUAGCCAAAACAGCUAAUGUCACUAAUGUCAGUCGACGAGAGAAUCUAUCUAAACAAGCAGAAAGCAGAAGACGAAAAAAUUAACCUUAGCUUCAUUCUCCUUUGAUAAUGAUCGAAUGAAAAAGACAUUUAUUUUAAUUUUUGAUAUAGCAACAUGACUUCGGAAUUGCUUGGUUUCAAAGUGUUACCACUGCAGUUUUCAUCAGACAGUACCAGUUCCCAUGACAUAUUUUUAAAAGAACACUCUAUAAGGAAAAAAGAUGAAAAUAAACCACCUGGACAAACUUUAUUUGUGAUUAACAUUCCUCCUAUUGCUACUGAAGACAGUUUGAAAACGGCUUUCUCACCUGCAGGCAAAAUAACCAGGGUAAUUCUAGAUGUGAGUGAAGAAGGUCUAGCAAACAAAGAUGGUUUCAGAAGAGCUUUCAUUGUUUUUAGUAAAAGAGAGAGUUUAUUGAAAGCAUUGAGAUUAAAACAACUUGACCCCUUGUCUACUACAGAAAAACCAGUGAAAACUGGUAUAAAGAAGUGGAUGGAAGAAUAUAAUUCCAGCAUAGUAGAUAUUGAAAAACUACAAGAGCAAGUUGAUGAUUGCAUGAGGAAGUUUGAAAGUGAAGAGAAUAACAAAAAAGAAGAUACAGUUGAUGAUGAGGGUUGGACAUUAGUUACUAAGGGUGGAAGAAAAUCUGGUUUAUCUAGAAAAGAGAGUGUGAAAACCAAAUUGGAUGAAAAAAUUGCUAAAAGCUCUAAAAAUAAAGAGCUGAAGAAUUUUUACACCUUCCAAAUAAGAGAGUCUAAAAUGGAGAAUAUUGCCAAACUUAGGAAGAAUUUUGAGGAAGCAAAAAAGAAAGUAAAUCUCAUGAAAGAAGCUAGAAAGUUCAAACCUUAUUGAUCUAUAAGUGAUUUGAGAUUUUAUAUUCAUGGCAAUAGAUACAGUUAUUUUACAGUCAGAUAUCCCAGGCUUUAGAUAUUAUGAAAACUCACAUACCUUUCACUGAUAUAAUAAUAAACAUCAUACAUUUUUAGUGAAUAUUUCUUCAUUAAAAAAUCAAAAAUUUUCUUGUCAUC